AGCAGUGGAACAGUAACUGCAGAAAAUGGCGGAAGCGGGAGAUCUUCUGGAUCACGACCAGUUCAGCUGUCCAAUCUGUCUGAAUCUACUGAAGAAUCCAGUGACUAUUCCCUGUGGACACAGUUACUGUAUGGACUGUAUUAAGAGCUGCUGGGAUCAGAAUGACCAUGUUGGUGUCUACAGCUGUCCUCAGUGCAGACAGACCUUCAUCUCAAGACCUGUUCUGGGCAGAAACACCAUGCUGGCCGAAGUGGUGGAGAAACUGAAGAAGGCAAGACUCAAAGUUGCUCGUCCCGCUCACUAUUAUUCUGAAUCUGGAAAAGUGAUGUGUGACAUCUGUACUGGGAGAAAACGCAAAGCUGUCAAAUCCUGCCUGGUGUGUCUGGUUUCUCACUGUGACACUCACCUCAAGCUUCAUAAUGAGCUCCAUCCAGGGAAGAGGCACAAGCUUAUAGAUGCCACUGGAGAACUGGAGGAGAAGGUCUGUUCCCACCAUGAGAAACUGCUGGAGGUCUAUUGUCGUACUGAUCAGCAGUGUAUCUGUUAUCAUUGUACGUUGGAUAAACACAGAGGACAUGAUACAGUCUCCGCUGCCGCAGGAAGGAAAGAGAAACAGAAACUGAUGGAUGUGACACAGAGGGAAUUCCAGAAGAGAAUAGAGGAGAAAGAGAAGGAGCUGCAGGAGCUGAGACAGGCUGUGGAUUCGCUCACACGCUCUGCACAGGCAGCAGUGGAGCACAAUGAGAAGAUCUUCACUGAGAUGAUCUGUUCAAUUGAGAAAAAACGUUAUGAGGUCAAAGAACUGAUCAGAGCUCAGGAGAAGGCUGCACUGAGUCAGGCUGAAGGAGUCCUGGAGCGACUGGAGCAGGAGAUUGAUGAGCUGAGAAGGAGAGACUCUGAGCUGGAACAGUUCUCAGAAACAGAGGAUCACAUCUAUUUCCUACAAACUUACCAGUCUUUUUGUACUCCUCCUACAUCUGGAUUCUCAUCCACUGCAUUUGUCAGUCACCAUUGUUCUUUUGGGGAUGUCAAGAAUGCUAUAACAGAUCUAAAAGAAAAAAUGGAAGACUUCAGCAAGAAGAAACUAAUGGAAAUCUCCCAAAAAGUUAAGAAAGAAACGAUCCUACACGCAGAACCCAGGACCACAGCCGAGUUUAUAGCGGGAGCAGUGGCUGCUCUUCCUAGGUGGGUGUGGCCUCUUACUACAGCUCUGCCCAAGUUGGGGAGACCUGUGACUGCAGCACUUCCCAAAUGGGCAGGGCCUGUGACUGCAUCUCUUCCAAGCUGGUUGGCACCUACAGUGACAGCUCCUCAUAGAAGGGAGGAAAACGAAGAGGAAGCUCAAUCUGGGACUAAGACGUUGGAGGCGACACAGAGGGACUUCCAGCAAAGGAUCAAUGAGAGAGAGAAGAAGGUACAAGAGCUGAGAGAGGCUGUGGACUCACUCACACGCUCUGCACAGGCAGCAGUGGAGGACACCGACAGCAUCUUCACCCAGAUGAUCCGCUCCCUUGAGAAAAGGCGCUCUGAGCUCAAAGAUAUGAUCAGAGCUCAGGAGAAGGCUGCACUGAGUCAGGCUGAAGGUCUCCUGGAGCGACUGGAGCAGGAGAUUGCUGAGCUGAGAAGGAGACACUCUGAGCUGGAGCAGCUUUCACACACAGAGGAUCACAUCCAUUUCCUACAGAACAGAGAAACGAAACUGAACUCUGUCUUCUGUGUGUGAAGUAAAAUGGCAGAGGGUGGAGUUCAUCUGGAUCAGGACCAGUUCAGCUGUCCAGUCUGCCUGGAUCUACUGAAGGAUCCAGUGGCUAUUCCCUGCGGACACAGUUACUGUAUGAACUGUAUUAAGAGCUGCUGGGAUCAGGAGGAUCAUGUUGGUGUCUACAGCUGUCCUCAGUGCAGGCAGACCUUCACGUCAAGACCUGUUCUGGGUAGAAACACCAUGCUGGCUGAAGUGGUGGAGAAACUGAAGAAGACAGAACUCCAAACUGCUCCUCCUGAUCACAUUUACACUGGACCUGGAGAUAUCGUGUGUGAUGUGUGUCCUGGGAGAAAACGCAAAGCUGUUAAGUCCUGUCUGGUGUGUCUCGCCUCGUAUUGUGAAACUCACCUCAGUCUUCAUGACAAACUGAACCCAUCAAAGAGGCACAAGAUGAUUAAUGCCACUGAUAAACUACAGGAUAAGGUCUGUUCCCAACAUGAGAAAGUGCUGGAGGUCUACUGUCGUACUGAUGAGCAGUGUAUCUGUUUGCUGUGCGUGAUGGACAAACACAGAGGACAUGAUACAGUCUCAGCUGAGAGAGUAAGGACUGAGAAACAGAAUCAAUUUAAGGCGACACAGAGGGAAUUCCAGCAGAACAUCCAGCAGAGAGAGAAGAAGGUGCAGGAGCUGAGAGAGGCUGUGGACUCACUCACACGCUCUGCACAGGCAGCACUGGAGGACACUGACAGCAUCUUCACCCAGAUGAUCCGCUCCCUUGAGAAAAGGCGCUCUGAGCUCAAAGAUAUGAUCAGAGCUCAGGAGAAGGCUGCACUGAGUCAGGCUGAAGGUCUCCUGGAGCAACUGGAGCAGGAGAUUGCUGAGUUGAAGAGGAGAGAUGUUGAGAUGGAGCAGCUUUCACACACAGAGGAUCACAUCCAUUUCCUACAGAGUUUCCAGUCUCUCUGUGUCCCUCCUGGACCUGUACACUUACCCACCAUCACUGUGAACCCACACUGCUCUUUUGGAGAUGUGAAAAAAGCUCUUUCUGAUCUCAAAGUCCAACUAGAGGAAGCCUGUAAGAAUAAAUUCACAGAGAUCUCCCAAACAGUGAAAGAACAACAGCUUACAGAACCCAGGACCAGAGGAGAGUUUUUACACUAUGCCUGUCAGCUCACACUGGACACUAAUACGGUGAAUAAACAUCUCCAUCUGUCUGAGAGGAACACAGUGGUGACUUGUGAAGGACUCCAGUCAUAUCCUGAUCAUCCAGAGAGAUUUGACAUUUAUUACCAAGUUCUGUGUACAGAGGGUCUGUCUGGGCGCUGGUACUGGGAGCUUCAAUGGAGUGGGAGUGGGGUUUAUAUAGCAGUGUCAUAUAAAGGGAUCAGUAGGAAAGGAAGAGGUAAUGACUGUGGUCUUGGACUCAAUAUCAAGUCCUGGAGUUUGUUCUGUUCUCCCUCCAGUUACUGUUUGUAUCACAAUAAUGUAAAGACUCCAGUAUCUGGUCCCAGUUCCUCCACAAUAGGAGUUUACCUGGAUCACAAGGCAGGAACUCUGUCCUUCUACAGUGUCUCUAGGGACACAGUGACCCUCCUCCACAGAGUCCAGACCACAUUCACUGAACCCCUCUAUCCUGGGUUUUAUGUUUGUUUAUCAUCUAAAGUUAAACUGUGA